AACCCCCCAAGUUUGUCAAGAAAUUAGAAGCGUCAAAAGUAGUAAAGCAGGGUGACUCCGCCCGGCUUGAAUGCAAAAUAAGCGGCUCUCCAGAGAUCAAAGUGGUGUGGUUCCGAAAUGACCACGAGAUUAUUGCCAGUGAAAAAUUCAGGAUGUCAUUCAUUGACUCCGUGGCUGUGAUUGAAAUGAACCAUCUCAGCACUGAAGACAGUGGCGAUUACAUAUGUGAAGCUCACAAUCCUGCUGGCAGAGCAAGCUGCAGCACCAAAGUUGUGGUGAAAGAGCCCCCCGUUUUCAGCAGGAAGCCCUCUCCAGUGGACUCGCUCAAAGGGACUGAGGUUAGUCUCGAAUGUGAAAUUUCCGGGACGCCGCCCUUUGAUGUCACCUGGUACAAAGACAGGCGACAAAUCCGCACUAGUAAAAAGUACAAGGUUACAGCCAAGAAUUACAACGCCAGCGUGCACAUCCUGGGCGUGGAGGCUGCAGACAUCGGCGAGUACCAGUGCAAGGCUCAGAACGACGUCGGCAGUGACACUUGCCUGUGCACUGUGAGGCUGAAAGAACCCCCCAAGUUCGUGACGAAAAUCAACAGUCUCACGGUUGUGGUCGGUGAACCGGUAGAAUUACAAGCCAAAGUGGAGGGCUCUCAACCCAUUUCGGUUCAGUGGCUUAAAGACAAGGAAGACAUCAUUAGAGAAAGCGAAAACACUAGGAUUACAUUUGUGAACAAUGUUGCCACUCUGCAGCUCGCAAGUGCGGAGCCCAGCAGUGCUGGGAAGUAUAUCUGUCAGACCAGAAACGAUGCGGGGACGCGGGAGUGCAUGGCCACCCUCACAGUGCUAGAGCCUGCAGUCAUUGUGGAGAAGGCAGAGCCCAUGCAGGUUACUGUAGGGGAUGCCUGUACUCUGGAAUGCAAGGUGGCCGGCACGCCCGAGCUUUCGGUGGGCUGGUUUAAGGACGGAAAGGAGCUGACAAGCAGCCACAAAUACAGAAUCACCUUCCACAACAAAGUAUCUACCCUUAAGAUCCUCGAUUCCGAGAAGGAAGACAGCGGGCUAUACACCUUCGCGGUGCAGAACGACGUUGGCAAAAGCAGCUGCACGGCCUCAGUUGACGUCCUAGAUCGCAUUAUUCCGCCUUCUUUCACAAGAAAACUGAAAGAAACCUUUGGCGUACUGGGCUCCUCUGUGCUUCUGGAGUGCAAAGUAUCUGGGUCGCCUCCUAUUUCAGUUGCCUGGUUUCACGAUAGAAAUAAGGUAGCAAGUGGAGAAAAGCACCAGAUCACGUUUUCAGAUAACGUCUGCGUUUUGGAAGUCAGUUCACUGAGCUCAUCAGAUACGGGGACGUACACGUGCAAAGCUGUCAAUGUGGCUGGGUCCGACGAGUGCAGAGCUGUGAUGACCGUGCAAGAGCCGCCCUCUUUCGUGAAGGAACCCGAAGCUGUGGACGUCCUGCCAGGCACGAGUGUUACCUUUACCAGUGUUAUGAGAGGGACCCCUCCAUUUAAGGUGCACUGGUUCAGAGGGGCCAAUGAACUCGUGCCAGGGGACAAGUGUAACAUCUAUUUUGAGGAUUCGGUUUCAGAACUGGAGUUGUUUGAUCUAGACCCACUCCAGAGUGGAGAAUAUACUUGCUUAGUGACAAACGAGGCAGGCAGGGCAUCCUGUACAACCCGUCUUUCAGUAAAAGAACCAGCCAUCUUUGUGAAAAAGCUGAGUGAUCAGUGUGUGGAGCCGGGGAAAUCCAUCAUUUUGGAAAGCACCUACACUGGUAGCCUGCCAAUCUCAGUGACAUGGAAGAAGAAUGGGCGCGCUAUAUCUCAGUCUGAAAGGUGCAGCAUCACCACCACGGAAAAAUCUUGUAUUCUAGAAAUUCUUAACAGCAGCAAAGAUGACGAGGGAGAAUACAGCUGCCAUGUGGAGAACGAGGCGGGCAGGGAUAUCUGUGAAGCCCUGGUGUCUACACUAGAACCUCCUUAUUUCGUCACGCACUUGAAACCCCUUGAGGUAUCAGUUGGAGAUUAUACGAGUUUGCAAUGCCAAAUUGCUGGAACACCAGAGAUUACAGUGUCUUGGUAUAAAGGAGAUACAAAAUUGAGAUCCACUCCUGAGUACAAAAUAUUCUUUAAAGACAAUGUCGCCACACUCAUUUUUAAUAAAGUAGAUAGAAAUGACAGUGGAGAAUAUGUCUGCAGAGCCGAGAACAGCGUAGGAACUGCAUCUACAAAGGCUGUCUUAACAAUUCAAGAGCGCAAACUUCCACCUUCAUUUGUCAGGAAAUUAAAAGACAUGGAACAAACUGUUGGCUUUGCCGUUAAAUUUACUUGUCGUCUAAACGGUUCAGAGCCUAUUACUCUGAGUUGGUAUAAAGAUGGUGUCCCGCUAACAGACGAUCACAACGUGCAGACCUCGUUCGUAGAUAACGUAGCAACUCUUCAACUGGCGCAAACCGAGAUGAAUUACACCGGGCAAUACUCUUGCACGGCUACUAAUCCUGUUGGAACCGCUACCUCUAGUGCUAGGCUCACAGUCACAGAACCCAAGCAAGCUCCCGUCUUUGAUAUAAAACCUACACCCAUAGAUGUUCCCGUCGGGGAAAGUGCUGAUUUUGAAUGUCAUGUUACUGGAGCCCAACCCAUACAGGUUACCUGGGUUAAAGACGGCAAAGAGAUCCGAACUGGAGGAAACUAUAACAUUACAUUUGUAGCAAACACCGCCCACUUGAGAGUCCUGAGAGCAAGCAAAGGAGACUCUGGCCAGUAUACCUGCCAAGCCACUAACGAAGUUGGGAAAGAUUUUUGCUCAGCCCAACUUAGUGUUAAAGAACCUCCCAAGUUUGUGAAGAAACUAGAAGCUUCAAGAUUCGUGAAACAGGGUGAUUCAGUUCAGCUGGAGUGCAAAAUAAGUGGCUCGCCGGAAAUCAGAGUAGUGUGGUACAGGAACGAUCAUGAAAUCCACCCCAGCGACAAACUGAGAGCGUCCCUCGCGGACGGCGUGGCCGUGCUUGCUAUUCUUGACGCCGGCGUCGAAGACAGCGGCGAUUACAUUUGUGAAGCCCACAACCCUAUCGGUACCGCCAGCUGCAGUACUGCGCUCACAGUGAAAGAGCCUCCCGUUUUUAGCAAGGCCCCUAGCCCCGUGGACACACUGAAAGGAGCUGACGUUGUCCUCCACUGCGAGAUCUCGGGCACGCCGCCCUUCGAGGUAGCCUGGUUCAAGGACCGGCGGCAAGUCAGAAGCAGCAAGAAGUUCAAGGUGACAGCCAAGCACUUCAAUGCCAGCCUGCACAUCCUCAGCCUGGAGGCUCAGGACACGGGGGAGUAUCAGUGCAAAGCCAUGAACGAGGUGGGGAGCGACACUUGCGCUUGUCCGGUGCGAUUCAAAGAGCCUCCCCGCUUCGUGAGCAAGCUCAGUGACACCGCGAUCUUCGUCGGGGAGCCCGCGGCCUUGGAGGCGGUGGUGGAGGGCUCCCCGCCCAUUUCCGUGCUGUGGCUCAAGGACAAGGGCGACAUCAUUCGAGAAAGCGACACGGUCCAGAUGUUCUUCGCGGACAACGUGGCCACGCUGGAGAUCGAAAGCGCCGAGGGGGUCCACUCCGGGAAGUACAUCUGCCAGAUCAAGAACGACGCCGGCAUGCGGGAGUGCUCUGCUUUCUUGCAAGUGCUAGAGCCGGCAAUCAUUUUAGAGAAGCCUGAGCCCAUGACAGUCAUGGGGGGCAACCCCUUCAGCCUGGAGUGCAAGGUGGGGGGGACCCCGGAGCUUUUCACCCGGUGGCUGAAGGACGGGCGCGAGCUCAGGACCGACCGCAAGUAUCAGAUCAGCUUCUUCAACAACGUGUCCACGCUGCGGGUGCUGUCGGCGGGCGCCGGGGACUCGGGGCUCUACACCUUCGAGGUGCACAACGAGGUGGGCGAGAGCAGCUGCACCUCUUCCGUGGAUGUCUCAGAUCGCCUCGUGCCUCCUUCUUUCACGAGGAAGUUAAAGGAAACGCGCGGCGUCUUGGGCUCCUCCGCGCUGCUGGAGUGCAAGGUCUCGGGCACGCCGCCCAUCUCCGUGGGCUGGUUCCAGGACGGCACCGAGCUCGUGAGCGGAGAGAAACAUGAGAUCUCCUUUUCCGACAAUAUCUGCGCCCUGAAACUCAACCACCUGGAGCCCUCAGACACGGGCCCGUACACUUGUGUCGCGGCAAACGUUGCGGGAUCUGAUGAGUGCAGCGCCUUCUUGACUGUGCAAGAACCCCCCUCUUUCACCAAGACCCCUGAUCCCUUGGAAGUUGUCCCUGGGGUGAGUGUGACCUUCACAAGCCACAUCCGAGGCACGGCCCCAUUCAAAGUGACCUGGUUCAGAGGCGUCAGGGAGCUGGUGCCCGACGAGAUGUGUGACAUCUCUUUGGAGGACACGGUUGCACAGCUGGACCUGUACAACAUGGCCCCAGCGCAGAGUGGCGAUUACACCUGUGUGGUCAGCAAUGAGGCGGGAAGUGCAUCCUGCACCACACAUCUCUUUGUCAAAGAGCCUGCGGCCUUUGUGAAGAAACUGAGCGAUUUCAGCGUGGAGCAGGGGAAGGCCAUUAUGCUGGAGAGCACGUAUACUGGCAGCCCUCCCAUCGCAGUAACAUGGAAGAAGGAUGGCGUGCAGAUCGCACAGUCCCCACGGUGCAGCAUCACUGCCACCGACAAGUCUGGCAUCCUGGAGAUCCUGAAUAGCACCAAAGAGGAUGAGGGGCAAUACAGCUGUGAGGUGACCAAUGAGGCUGGGCAGGACAGGUGCCAAGGGCUGGUCUCUGUCUUAGACCCACCUUACUUUGUGGCGCCCCUGGAGAGCAUGGAGGUGAAGGUUGGCGAGGCGGCCACUUUCCAGUGCCAGGUUGCCGGGGCACCAGACAUCAGGGUAUCCUGGUACAAGGGAGACACAAAGCUGAGGUCCACGCCUGCCUGCAAAAUGCACUUGAGGAAUAAUGUGGCAACGCUGACAUUCGUGCAGGUGGAGCCAGUCGACAUUGGCGAAUACCUCUGCAAAGCAGAGAACAGCGUGGGCUCUGCUUCUUCCAUGGCACAGCUCACUGUCAAAGAACGCAAACUCCCACCUACUUUCUCAAGGAAGCUCAAAGACAUCCAGGAGACUGUGGGCUCUCCAGUUACAUUUGACAGCCGUAUCACUGGUUCGGAGCCCCUGGAGGUGUUCUGGUCCAAGGAUGGGGCGGUGCUAAGUGAUGACGAGAACACACAGAGCACCUUCUUCAAUAACGUAGCCACUCUCCAGAUCUUGCAGACAGCCAUGGCUCACUGCGGCCUGUACACAUGCACCGCUCAAAAUGCUCUGGGGAGCGCCUCUUCCAGUGCCAAGCUGCUCCUCACAGAGCACCUGAGACCUCCUUUCUUUGAUGUAAAGCCUGUCCCGAUUGACGUGGCUCUUGGGGCAAGCGGAUCCUUCAAAUGUCACAUCACUGGCUCAGCGCCGAUGAAAGUCACUUGGGCAAAGGAGAAUAGAGAAAUCCGGCCUGGAGGCAACUACAAGAUAACGCUGGUGGAAAGCACGGCCAGCCUCACCGUCCUAAAGGUUGGCAAAGGGGACGCAGGCCUCUACACCUGCACUGCGAGCAACAGCGUGGGCAAGGACUCUUGUGCUGCUCAGCUGAGUGUACAAGAACCACCAAGAUUUGUAAAGAAACUAGACUCCUCCAGAGUUGUGAAACAACAUGAUUCUUCAAGAUAUGAAUGCAAAAUAGGAGGCUCUCCAGAAAUCAAAGUGACCUGGUACAAAGAUGAGAUUGUAAUCCAUCCCAGUGAAAAAUAUAGAAUGUCCUUUGUUGAUUCGGUGGCAGUCAUUGAAAUGCACAAUCUCAGUGUUGAAGACAGUGGAGACUAUGUUUGUGAAGCUCAGAAUGCAGCAGGAAGUGCAAGCAGCAGUACCUUACUCAAAGUGAAAGCACCUCCUGUUUUCAGCAAGAAACCCCAUCCAGUUCAGUCUCUGAGAGGUUCUGAUGUUCACCUGGAAUGUGAGCUGCAGGGCACUCCUCCAUUCCAGAUUUCAUGGUAUAAAGACAAAAGAGAAAUUAGAAGUAGCAAAAAGUACAAGAUCAUGUCUGAGAACUACCAGGCUAGUAUUCACAUUCUGAACGUGGAUACUGCAGAUGUCGGUGAAUAUCACUGUAAAGCUGUAAAUGAUGUGGGAAGUGACACGUGUGUUUGCUCUAUAACUCUAAAAGCACCACCAGCCUUUGUGAAGAAGCUCAGUGAUGUCACUGCUAUUGUUGGGGAAUCAAUUGAACUGCAGGCUACAAUAGAAGGAGCCCAACCCAUUUCUGUUCUGUGGCUGAAAGACAAAGGGGAAAUCAUUAGAGAAAGUGAAAAUCUCUGGAUUUCUUAUUCAGACAACAUUACAACUCUACAGAUUGGAAAUGCAGAACCAGUCAAUACCGGAAAAUACACCUGUCAGAUCAAAAACGAGGCUGGAGUUCAGGAGUGUUUUGCCAGUCUCUCUGUUCUAGAACCUGCAGUUAUUGUAGAGAAACCUGGACCAAUAAAAGUCACAGCUGGAGACUCUUGUACUCUAGAAUGCACAGUUGAUGGCACACCAGAGCUUACAGCUAGGUGGUUUAAGGAUGGAAAUGAGCUUUCAACUGACCACAAACACAAAAUUAGUUUCUUCAACAAAGUGUCUGGGCUUAAGAUUCUCAAUGCAGGAUUAGAAGACAGUGGGGAGUACACUUUUGAGGUGAAAAACAGUGUUGGCAAAAGCAGCUGCACAGCUUCAGUGCAUGUUUCAGAUCGUAUUAUACCUCCUUCUUUCACAAGAAAACUGAAAGCAACUCAUGGUCUCUUGGGUUCAUCCACUGUACUGGAGUGCAAAGUGUAUGGGUCACCACCUAUUUCAGUUUCCUGGUUCCAUGAUGGACAUGAGAUCACCAGUGGAGACAAGUAUCAGGCUACCCUUACGGACAAUACUUGCUCUUUGAAAGUGAAUGUGCUUCAGGAAUCUGAUAUUGGAAAUUACUUGUGCACAGCUACUAAUGUAGCUGGAUCUGAUGAAUGCAGUGCAUAUUUAACUGUUAGAGAACCUCCAUCUUUUGUGAAGAAACCCGAUCCCUUGAAUGUGUUAUCUGGGGACAAUAUAACUUUUACAAGUAUCAUAAAAGGCACCCCACCACUGGAAGUUAAAUGGUUUAGGGGUAGCAUGGAAUUAACACCUGGACACAGAUGCAACAUUACCUUGGAAGAUUCGAUUGCAGAACUGGAGCUGUUUGAUGUUCAUCCACUCCAAAGUGGAGAUUAUACCUGCCUAGUCACUAAUGAGGCUGGCAAGAUUUCUUGUACAACACAUCUUUUUGUAAAAGAACCAGCCAAAUUUGUGAAAAAACUGAAUGAUUUCAGUGUAGAGAAAGGAAGGCCAUUAAUACUGGAAUGUACAUAUAGCGGUACUCCUCCAAUCAGAGUGUCAUGGAAGAAAAAUGGCAUAAAAAUAUCUCCAUCUGAAAAAUGCAGCCUUACCACUACAGAAACAUCUGCCAUACUGGAAAUUCCCAAUAGCAAAAUAGAAGAUCAGGGACAAUAUGCUUGUCAUAUUGAAAAUGAUUCUGGACAAGACAAUUCUCAAGCUGCAGUAACAGUAUUAGAACCACCUUAUUUUGUUGCACCCUUGGAACCAGUUCAGGUGACAGUGGGAGAUUCUGCAUCCUUACAAUGCCAAGUGGCUGGAACACCUGAAAUGAUUGUUUCAUGGUUCAAAGGAGAUACAAAACUAAGGGCAACUCCAACAGCUAAAAUGCAUUUUAAGAACCAAAUUGCCACUCUGAUUUUCAGCCAAGUGGAUAGCAGUGAUGGUGGGGAAUAUAUUUGCAAAGUAGAAAACAGUGUUGGAGAGGCUUUUUCAUCAGCUUUGCUUGCUGUUCAAGAGCGUAAGCUUCCUCCUACAUUUACACGAAAACUCAGAGAUAUUCAUGAAAUGGUAGGCUUACCAAUUACAUUUGAUUGUGGCAUAACUGGCUCUGAACCCAUUGAAGUAUCUUGGUCUAAAGAUGGUACACCUAUAAGAGAGGGCUAUAAUGUGCAAACAUCCUAUGUAAAUAAUGUAGCAACUCUCCAGAUUUUGCAGACUGACAAGAGUCUUGCUGGGCAGUAUACUUGUUCAGCUUCCAAUGCUAUUGGAACUGCAUCUUCUAGUGCCAGGCUCAUUCUUACAGAAGGGAAGACUCCUCCAUUCUUUGACAUUCCAGUUGCACCUGUGGAUGGUAUUGUUGGAGAGAGUGCUGACUUUGAAUGCCACAUUUCUGGAUCACAACCAAUUAGGGUUACUUGGGCAAAAGAUAACCAAGAGAUACGAACUGGAGGAAAAUACCAGAUCAGUUAUGUAGAAAACAUAGCCCAUUUGACCAUUCUCAGAGUUGACAAGGGAGAUUCUGGAAAGUAUACAUGCUAUGCCAGCAAUGAGGUUGGCAAGGACUCUUCUACAGCUCAACUUAAUAUUAAAGAACGCAAAAUUCCACCUAGUUUUACCAAGAAACUAUCUGAAACAGUUGAAGAAACAGAAGGGAAUGCCCUUACACUUGAGGGCCGGGUGUCUGGUUCUCAGCCUAUGACAGUUUCCUGGUACAAAAACAAUCAGGAAGUCCAUCCAAGUGCUAACUAUGAAAUAUCAUUCAAAAACAACACCUUACAACUACAUAUUAAGAACACAGGUCAGGGUGACACUGGCUUAUAUACUUGUAAAGUGUCCAAUGAAGCGGGAAGUAUAUUGUGUACAUCUUCUGUUGUAAUUAAAGAACCUAAAAAGCCUCCAGUGUUUGAUCAACCACUUCAACCAGUAAUGAUAGAAGAAGGUGAUAUCUUGCAGCUAAGCUGCCAUGUCCAUGGUUCACAGCCAAUUAAGAUUCAGUGGCAGAAGGCUGGGAGAGAAAUAAGAGCUUCAGAUAAAUGCAGCUUUAGCUUUCUUAAUGGAAUGGCUCUUAUGGAAGUUUCACCUGUUGCAAAAGCUGAUUCAGGCGAAUAUGUAUGCAAAGCUUCAAAUGUAGUUGGAACUGACACUUGCAAGUCGAAAGUGACAGUUAAAGAAAAACCAACAGCUGCACCAGAAGCUAAGAAAGUAGCAGUGGAUGGAAGGCUUUACUUUAUCCAAGAGCCUCAGAGUAUCAAAGUUAUAGAAAAGAGUGUUGCUACAUUUAUUGCUAAAGUUGGAGGUGAUCCAAUUCCAAAUGUAAAAUGGAUGAAGGGAAAAUGGAGACAACUCAAUCAGGGAGGUCGCAUAAGUAUCCAACAGAAAGGAGAAGAAGCCAAACUAGAAAUAAAAGACACAACAAAAACUGAUUCUGGAAUGUACAAAUGUGUGGCUUUUAACCAACAUGGUGAAAUCGACACCAGUGUCAACCUACAAGUUGAAGAAAGAAGACAAGAAGUUGUUGAAGGAGAUCUCAGAGCAAAACUGAAGAAGACUCCAACUAAAAAGAAAGAAGAGGAGGAAGAGAAGCCCAUUGAUAUCAUGGAACUUCUCAAAAAUGUUGAUCCUAAAGAAUAUGAGAAGUACGCUCGCAUGUAUGGAAUUACAGAUUUUCGUGGCCUUCUGCAAGCUUUUGAGCUACUCAAGCAAACUCAAGAGGAGGAAACCCAUAGACUGGAAAUUGAAAUCACAGAAAAAGCUCGAAGAGAAGAACAGGAGUUUGAUGAACUUGUAGCAUUUAUUCAACAAAGACUUUCACAGACAGAGCCUGUCACCCUCAUCAAGGAUAUUGAAAACCAGACCGUUUUAACAGAUGUCGAUGCUGUCUUUGAAUGUGAAAUUAAAAUUAAUUAUCCAGAAAUCAAACUGUCAUGGUACAAAGGAACUCAAAAGUUGGACGCCAGUAACAAGUAUGAAAUAAGACUAGAAGGUGAUCGGCAUAUACUGAGAAUUAGAAACUGUCAACUUGAAGAUCAGGGAAAUUUCAGAGUGGUGUGCGGUCCACAUAUUGCUAGUGCUAGGCUAACUGUGAUUGAACCUGCAGUUGAACGGCAUCUUCAUGAUACUACUUUCAAGGAAGGACACACAUGUACCUUGAUUUGUCAGUUUUCUAUCCCAAAUGCCAAAUCUCAGUGGUAUAGAAAUGGAAAGGCCAUUAAGAUAGGAGGGAGAUAUUCAACACAAGUCUCAGACAAAGUACACAAGCUCAUCAUCAAGGAUGUUAGAACAGAAGACCAGGGACAGUAUACCUGCAGACUUGACAAUCUAGAAACAACUGCAGAUCUAAGCAUUGAAGCUGAACCAAUUCAAUUCACCAAGAGCAUCCAGAAUAUAGUAGUGAGUGAACACCAGUCUGCAACCUUUGAGUGUGAAGUGUCUUUUGAUGAUGCAAUCGUGACAUGGUAUAAAGGCCCCAUUGAACUAAGGGAGAGUCAUAAAUACAGUUUUAGAAGUGAAGGUCGCUGUCAUUACAUGACUAUCCACAAUGUUACUGCAGAAGAUGAAGGUGUAUAUUCUGUAAUUGCUCGUCUUGAACCAAGGGGUGAAGCAAGAAGCACUGCAGAGUUGUACCUGACAACCAAAGAAAUCAAACUGGAAUUGAAGCCACCAGCUCCUCCUAUUCCUGUGGUUCUACCUCCUGUUGCUCCACCACCAGAAAAGAAAAAAGAUGUACCUAUUCCUUUGAUUCUACCUCUUGCUGUUCCACCACCAGAAGAGAAAAAACCAGAACCUAAGAAAAUUGUUCUAAAGAAAGUCCCCAAAAAGGUGGUCUCAAAAGUUCCUGAAGAGGUUACCCCACUUCCACCUAAAGUUCCAGAGAAACCAAGGAAACCACAAGAAGUCACGGUAACCUCUAUAGCCAGACGGGAAGAAAUUUAUGAAGAAAAGGAAGAAAUUUAUGAAGAACCAAGAGAGGCAUAUGAAGAAUGGGAAGAAGACUUUGGAGAAGAGCAUGAAUAUGAACUGAGAGAAGAAGGUUAUGAGGAAGGGGAAGAGAGAUGGGAGGAAGCUUAUGAAGAAAGAGAAAUAACUUAUGAAGAAAAAAGAAUUAUUGAGGAAGAAGUGGUUGGAGUUCCCAGGAAACCUGUGCCUGAGCAAAUAACACCAGCAAUUACAGCUGAAAAGAAAGAAAAGAAGGAAGUGACUGUACGCAAAGUUACUAGGAAACCUGUUGAUGAGCAAGUUAAGAUAACUACUCAGCGGGUUGCAGAAGAGGAAGUCCGAGUGGCUGAAGUUGCCAAAAAGGUUCCACCACCAAAACCUACUCGGGUGCUGGUUGAGGAAGAGGUUACCAAAGUGAAAGUACCAACAGUAGAAAAGUGGACUAUUUCAGAAGAAAAGAUGUCUGUUUCUGUUCACACAGAAGAAGAGUACACAUAUGUCCCAGCUUCAGUAUUCUCUUGA